CCUGUUUCACCACGCCUGUCACUCGCUACCAUCGCCUCUACUUGCUACAACACCUAAACUGUAUACCCUUCCGCCUCUCUGCUCUACACUCAACCGCCUGCCAGCCAGCCAACGGCCGCGGGUCUCUCCCUUUGUUUCACCCUCCUAUAGUCCAAUCGCCGUCUGAUGUUUCACUCGCCAUUCCCGCGCAGAGAGUCUAUCCCUGCCCUGCCCUACCUUGCCCUGCCUCUCUAGCAUGUGCUGUCGCUCCCAUCGCCACCUGCGCCGCAUUCCUCGCCCGCGUCCUCAACCAAGCCGCCCGGAGGUAUGCUCUGCUAUUGUGCUCACCAAACACUCUUCACAUUGUUGAAGCCCGCAACGCCAUGAAGCCUCCACAAUGCAACAGCAGCGCGGCCGAGCCCGACGCGGCUGCACAACGACUGCACAACGCAGCCCACGUCGUUGAUAUAAAAUGCCCAUGUAUUGAUCCCCACUGUAAUUCCAUUGAACCAGAACCACAACUACAUACCGACCAUCAGAAACGUGAAACAUCUACCCGAGCAAACAUCCUCUCCACCUGGCGCGAACCUUGCAAGUUUCCACCUCCAUUACCACAACAACACCAACUUCUUGCUCGCACUCUCUUCGACUACACAACCGCAAUCAUGGUUGCAAUCGGUGUUAGCGCACUGCUUCUCGCACUGAGCACUCUCUCCUCAGUAGUCCCUUCGUCUGCUGCGCCGGUCGCUCAGGCGGAGACUCCUGCAAAGGCUGAAUCGAGCUAUUGGGUCGCCAAUGUCAAGCACCAAGGUGUAGCUGCCUUCAACCCCACGCCCGCCGACUACAAGGUCUGGCGCAACAUCAAGGACUAUGGUGCCAAGGGUGAUGGCACCACCGACGACACGGUCGCUAUCAACAAGGCCGUCUCUGACGGCAGCCGUUGCGGCGAGAAGUGCGAUUCUUCCACUACUUCGCCUGCCCUUGUUUACUUCCCUCCCGGUACCUACAUGGUUAGCGAGCCCAUUAUUCAGUACUACUACACCUCCUUCGUGGGCGAUGCCCUCCAGAUGCCCACCUUGAAGGCCACUGCCAACUUCGAAGGCAUGGGUCUCAUCGACGCUGAUCCCUAUAUCCCUGGUGCCGAUGGUGCCAACUGGUUUACGAACCAGAACAACUUCUACCGUCAGAUCCGCAACAUGAUCAUCGACAUCUCCGCUCCCGAGGCCGCUGCCGGUAUCCACUGGCAAGUCUCUCAGGCUACUAGCAUCCAGAACGUCGUCUUCAACAUGGCCAAGGGCGCCAAAGGUGCCAACCAAAAGGGUAUCUUCCAAGACAACGGCUCCGGUGGCUUCAUGUCCGAUCUUGUCUUCAACGGCGGUGCUGUGGGUGCCUUCCUUGGUAGCCAGCAGUUCACUACCCGCAACAUGACCUUCAACGACUGCGACGUCGGCAUCUACAUGAACUGGAACUGGCUCUGGACCAUGAAGUCCAACACCUUCAACAACUGCAAGGUCGGGCUCGACAUGGCCAACGCUCCUGAGAACCAGACUGUUGGAUCCGUUAUCCUCAUGGACAGCAAGUUUGUCAACACCCCCAUCGGCGUCAACUCUUCCUUCGCCACCGACAGCAUCCCCAUGACCGGCGGCACUCUCAUCAUCGACAAUGUCGACUUCGCUGGCUCCAAGACAGCUGUGCAGGACUUCAAGGGCGCCAGCAUCCUUGCUGGAGGCAAGACUGUCUCUUCUUGGGCUCAAGGUCACGCCGUUGCCGCCGGUUCUGAGAAGACCCGUGUUCAGGGUGAUGUCGUUGAUGCUCCCAAGAAGCCUGAAUCUCUUCUCGGCAAGGACGGUCGCUUCUUCGAGCGCAGCAAGCCCCAGUACGAAACCGUCGAAGCCUCAAAGUUCAAGUCUCUAAAGGAUGCUGGUGCCAAGGGUGACGGCAAGACGGACGAUACCGCAGCUAUCAAGAAGGCCAUUGCCGAUCUCCAGGACGGCGAAAUCCUCUUUGCUGACCACGGCUCCUACAUCGUCUCCGACACCAUCACCAUCCCCGCCGCUAAGAACGUCAAGAUCGUCGGCGAGAUCUACUCCACCUUCUUGGCCACCGGUGAGAAGUUUGGCGACAUGGAGAACCCCGUUCCUGUCUGGCAGGUUGGUGAGAAGUCUGGUGACAAGGGCGCUUUCGAGAUGUCCGACUGCAUCAUCGGCACCCAGGGUCCUGCUCCCGGCGCUAUUCUCAUGGAAUGGAACAUCAACGCUGCUCCUGGCGAGGCCGCCCUCUGGGACACUCACUUCCGUGUCGGUGGCUACGAAGGCACCAAGCUCCAAGCUUCCAACUGCGAAAAGAACCCCAACUCCACACACACGGCCAACCCUGAGUGCAUCGGCUCCUUCAUGCAGCUCCACGUCACCAAGCAGUCCAACGGCUACUUCGAGAACGUCUGGCUCUGGACCGCUGACCACGAGCUCGACCAGGCCAGCCACUCCCAAAUCGACAUCUACAACGGCCGUGGCAUGCUCGUCGAGUCGCAAGGUCCCGUCUGGUUCUACGGCACUGCCUCUGAACACUCUCAGCUCUACCAGUACCAGUUCCAGGGCGCAAAGGACAUCUUCUACGGCGCUAUCCAGACCGAGACUCCCUACUACCAGCCCAACCCCGAUGCCAUGGUUCCCUUCAAGACCAACGAGAAGUACUUCGACCCAGACAUGAGCAAGAAGUCAGACAAGACAGCCUGGGCUGUCCGCGUCGUCGACUCUUCAUCCAUCUGGAGCUACGGAGCCGGCACGUACUCGUUCUUCCAGAACUACGGACAAAAGUGCGUCACGGGCCAGAACUGCCAGACCGAUAUCAACGAGGUCGAGAACUCUACCAAUGUCAACUUCUUCGGCCUCUCUUCCAAGGCUUCGGUCAACAUGAUUACGUCUGGCGGCAAGGGUCUUGCGACUGACAAGGACAACCGCUCCAACUUCUGCUCUACGCUCGCCAUCUUCGCGCAGCCGUAA